UCUGUAUAACCAGCCGGUCCUGCAGGACGUCACUUACACUCGUCCCCCAGAAGUGAUCAACUGCAUCAGCUUCCAAGCGCGACCGCUGCGCUGGGCAAUGGCCAUGGUGUUCGCUGUGGAGCAGAUUAACCGCGACCCUUGGCUCCUCCCGGGUGUCUCGCUGGGAUACCGCAUCCUGGACAGCUGCUCCAAGCACCCCUGGGCCCUCGGAGGGGGGCUCUCUUUGGUCAGUGGGGGAGGACACAACUGCAGCCAGGUGGUCGGGGUCCCGGUCAUCAUCGGGGAUGCCUCCUCCACCCAGUCUAUCACUCUGUCCACCACAUUGGGACCGCUGGGCGUCCCGAUGGUCAGCUACCAGGCCAGCUGCGCGUGCCUCAGCAACAGGCUACAGUUUCCCAAUUUCUUCCGGACGAUUCCCAGCGACUUCUACCAAUCGCGGACGAUGGCACAGCUGGUGAGGCGCUUUGGCUGGACCUGGGUGGGUGCCGUCGCCGUCAACAACGACUACGGGCUGCUGGGCGUCCAGGUGUUCUCUGAGGAAGUGAAGGCGGCCGGCGUGUGCCUGGCCUUCUUUGAGACCUUCUCCCGCGAGACGCUGGCGAGUGACCUGCCGCGACUGGUCAGGGUGAUCCGUGAGUCCGAGGCCCGCGUGGUCAUCAUCUUUGCCUGGUACACGGACGCAGGGGCGCUGCUGGCUGAACUGGCUCGCUGCAAUGUUACCAACCGUGUGUUUCUGGCCAGCGAAGCCUGGAGCACCAGCGACAGUCUGCUGCAGGACCCAGCGCUCGCCUCGAUAGGGCGCGGAGUGCUGGGCAUUGCGGUCCGUGCUGCACCCAUUCCAGGGCUGGAGCAGUACCUGCGUGGCGUCCGGCCCUCCCAGUACCCUGGAAGCGCCGUGCUCAGGUCUCUGUGGGAGGAGACGUUUGGAUGCAGCCCGAGUGAGGCAGGCCACAAAUUGCUGCCCCCUUGUGGAGGGAUGGAGACACUGCAGACAGUUCAGAGCACCUUUGUAGACACGUCGCAGCUGAGGAUCACUUACAACGUAUACCUGGCGGUGUACGCAGUAGCCCAUGCCUUGCACAACCUGCUUGCCUGCAGCCGUGAGAGCACUCCCUACAGGAAGCCGCAGUGUGGUCUUGGCCAAAAUAUUGAACCCAGACAGCUGCUGCACUACCUGGAUAAAGUGCACUUCACCACCCAGCUGGGCCAGGACUUCUACUUUGAGGGCGGUGACAGCCAAGUGGUGUACGACAUAGUAAAUUGGCAAGCCAGUCUGGAUGGUUUACUGCAGUACACCACCGUUGGCCAUGUGGAGGGACCCUAUCUCAUCCUCAAUGACUCAGCCAUCGUCUGGCCCUCCGGGAGGGACACUGUCCCUCAGUCUAUUUGCACGGAGCCAUGUCACCCCGGGACACGCAAGGCCACCAGGAAGGGCGAGCCCAUCUGCUGUUUUGACUGCUUGCCUUGUGCAGAUGGAGCUGUGCACUGUGACCGUUGUCCGCCGGCGUUCUGGUCCAAUGCGCACCACAACGAGUGCAUCGCUCGGCAGGUGGACUUCCUGUCCUUCGACGACUCCAUGGGCAUCACCCUGAUGGGCGUGUCUGUGUCCGGGGCAUUCGUGACGGUGGCUGUGGGAGCCGUGUUCCUGUACCACAGGCACACGCCGCUGGUGCGCGCCAAUAACUCGGAGCUGAGCUUCAUGCUGCUCCUGGCGCUUGCACUCUGCUUCCUGUGUGCGCUACUCUUUGUGGGCCGGCCCUCGCCCUGGUCCUGCAAGGCUCAGCACCUGGCCUUUGGCGUCAGCUUUGUACUUUGCCUGUCCUGCAUCCUCGUGAAGACCAUUGUGGUGGUGAUGGCGUUCCGCUCCACCCGGCCCGGUGCUCAUGCCGUCAAGUGGUUCGGGCUGGUCCAGCAGCGAGCCAGCGUGCUCUUCUUCACCUGUAUCCAGGCUGCCAUCUGCACUGCCUGGCUGUCCCUGAGCCCCCCGCACCCACACACCAAUACUGGCCUCCAAGGUUCCAAGGUCAUAUUGGAGUGCACCGUGGGUUCGGCCCUGGGGUUCGGCUGCGUGCUCGGCUACAUCGGCCUGCUGGCGGCCGUCUGCUUCUUGCUCGCCUUCCUGGCUAGGAAGCUGCCCGACAACUUCAACGAGGCCAAGUUCAUCACCUUCAGCAUGCUCAUUUUCUGCGCCGUGUGGGUCGCAUUCGUACCUGCCUAUGUCAGCUCCCCGGGAAGGUACACGGUUGCCGUGGAGAUCUUCGCCAUCCUGGCCUCCGCCUCUGGCCUCCUCUUCUGCAUUUUUGCCCCGAAGUGCUACAUCAUUGUACUGAUGCCGGAGAACAACACUAAGAAGUUCCUGAUGGGGAGAAAGUCUUCACAUCAGUGAUCACACAGCAGAAAGCUCAGGGUUUCACUGCAAA